AUGUCUAGUCAUCAACCAACUCUGUUAAAAACACUUUCUGUGAUAGCAGGUAACAAAGGCUUGACACAUUUAAGAAUACCUACAAUUACUGAAGAUGCUCAAGAUGUGGUUGGUAGGAUUCGGCUUCAAAAGGAUAAAAAGACUUUUACAAGCCAAUGGAUGGAUAAGCAAAGAAAUAAUUUAUUAGCUUAUGAAUAUCUUUGUCAUAUUGGUGAAGCAAAAGAAUGGAUAGAGGAUUGCUUACAAGAAGAAAUUGAUUCUAUCAUUCAAAUAGAAGAAUCCAUGCGAGAUGGUGUCAUACUUGCUAAACUUGCUAAUUGGAUUGUACCUGGAUUCAAAAUUGCAAUUUCGCCAUUCUGA